AAAACUGGAUGAAUUCACGGGAUAAAAAGCUUCCUGGUCGUAUGCUAUUAAAACACUAAGACGAGGAAGUUUUUUAAAAUAGUUCACGAGAACAUUUCCUGUAGAGCCAAUGAAUAUGCGAAAGUACACGGAUUGACAGCAAUUUGAUGAUGGAGUCCUUCGAUUAUCAUGUGGUUGGCACAGUCCACAAUUUUGGUGUUUUUAAAAAUUCCGGAAAGAAGGUAAUCUUACAGAUUGACUUCAAAACCAACAAAAUCAAUCUUAUCAAGAGGGGAACCGUACAGUACAAGUGUGACUUUGACGACCUUUCCUACGACUCGGAGGAAGGAGUGUUGUUGUGCAUAAAAAUUGGCGGGAAACAGAUUGAGCUCACGGCAGAAAAUCUAGAGGAAAAGACGGCAAUAUGUCGUUUGUUGAGCAUUGUACAGUGCAACGCCGCUGAUUUAGUGAAACGAGAGAAAAAGGACGUUCCAGGGGGAGACGGCGAGGAUGUGGUCAUGACCAGAGUAACCUCUGUCAUAAAGGAAGGUGUGCUGGAAAAGAAGGGAAAUGCCACUAUCCAAAUAUGGGCCAAGAGAAAAGUGAAGGUGACCCCUGGAAUGUUUUCCUAUUUCAAAACUGACGAGAAGACUGCUCUAAACGUGGUUCCAUUGAAACCAAACCAAUACCAAGUUAAAUGUGUGGGAAGUGUAGGAUUUAAUGUCAUAUUCCCAAAGAGAACAUACUAUUUUCGCCUCGCCAAUUCAUCAAAUACACCCAACUUGCAGACAGAAAGGGAAGAAUGGAUUCGUGCAUUCACAUCAGCUUGUCAGGAGAAGAGGCGGACCGUAAUUGAUUUUGAAUCCUGCAGUUUAGAACCGAAACAUCAACCAAACCAAAAGUACAUGCUGACUGGUGGAUUAUUUAACCAAUCAGACGAUUCGUUGAGUAGUUACAUUUAUGGAGAUGAAAAAAACAAAAGUGAAGAAAGUCUUACAGAAUCUGAAUCCCAAACUGAUGAAGAAGAAAGGCUCUCAGAAAUUGUCCCCAAAACUGAAACUUUGACAUGUGUCACGAAAGACAGACCGAAAAAGAAUACCAUGGAUAAACCGCCUUUGGUUGCAAAGACCUCUGUGAUCACAGAGGAAAAUGAACAAGAAAUGGGUCAGGAAAAAUCAAACAAUCACGAUGUCAAAGAAUCGGCGAAUGGACACGAUACUCCCAUUUUGAGUGAUACCUAUGAAGUCGUGAAAGAUUUGAAUUACUCAUCAUCAGAAGACAACUUGAGCUUAGGUCACGAAGAGAUGAUGUUUCCUGAAGGAGAUUAUGCUUAUCCAGAGGAGGGACUCGUUAGUCCACAAGGGAGUGUUUGCAAGCAGGAAGCCGAAUGUCAUACGUAUGAGGACAUUAUGAUUGAGACGAAAUAUCCCAAUGGAGAAACUGACUCUCUUGCAGACGAUAUUCUAUCAGAGCUACAAACCAGACAAGAAAGAGAGGAAAGUGACACAGAUGACUCCCUAUACUCAAAAGUAAACUUGGCAAUCAGAUCACAUGACAAUAACAGUGGGAAGUACUCAGAUAUAAGCAGAGUUGAAAAGGAAGAAAAAGAAACUUCACUUUACGCAACGUCAUUGAAACGAAAGCAAAGAGAAUCUUUAAAACAGCGUCAAUCACUUCCUCCUCCACCUGCACCACCUGUAUCCCCUAUUCCAUCUCAAUCUCCACGUUCGAUGCAGGCCAAUGAAUCACAGACGGAAAACAAUAACAAAGAACAGAAGCAAAGGAAACUACCUUUAGAUAGACCUUCUUCCCAACCACCACCACCUCCUUCACCAAAAGGUCGCCAGUCGACAUCUUCAGUUGCAUCCGACUUAUCGAAGUCGUCUGCAUCAGACAAUUCAGAACAACAGAAACUAUCUUUUGAAACACCAUUCUCUCAGCCUACGCUAUCCCCUAUUUACAAAGAUCGACAGUCAAUAUCAUCGUUUUCUUCUGAUAUAUCUCAGUCAUCUGCUGAUAAAUCGGUAACAUUAUUAGAAUACUCUGCUGAAAUGUCAGCCUCUGAAUCUUCUCUCAGCCGUCUAUUUCACACACAGUCCCCCGAACCUGAAUCGUCGUUUACCAACAAAGAAUCAACUUCAUUAGAAACAGACGCUCAGCGCUCCAGCAAACCAGUUAGUCCUCUGCCUCAGUGGCCUCCAUCAUCAGAGAAUGGUUUCCAACCACCACCACCACCACCUCCUCCUGCCCCCUUAAUUACUCCUAUACUAACCCAAAUUUCCCCACCACUCUCUCCUCCCACUGUUCCUCGCCCACCACCUCCUCCACCUGCUGCACUAACGAAAGGGACACAACCAAAGAAACUAAGAACACUGCACUGGUCGAAACUGAGCAAAUCACAGGUAAAGUCUUCAUUCUGGAAACAUGCAACUGACCGCAAAAAUAACAUCAAUACAGAUUUGAUACUAGAACACUUCAGUAUUGUGGACGAGAGCCAACAAACCAAAACAGCAGAGCAAACAUUUGCUGGAACGAAGUUGUUGUUAGAUGCUACUAGAGCGAGAAACCUUGGAAUUAUACUUACUGGUUUGAGAGCCGAAGGCGCACGUAGUAUUCGAGAGGUUAUCAACUCUGUAACGGAAGAUGAAUACUUUCCUGCAGAAAAAUUGACCACCAUUCGUCGUUACCAGCCAACAUCGGAAGAUAUUGAAUUGUUCAAACUUUAUUCCGACAAAAAAUCCACAUUAGAUCCAGUCGAUCGGUUUAUGUGUGAGCUAUGUGAAAUUGAAUGCAUUGGUACUCGACUUGAUUUUAUCCUGUUGCUUUGGGAUUUUCCACGACAAUUGAAAUGUACUCAUGAAUCCAUAGAAGAACUUUCUCAGGCAUGUUCAGAUUUAAAGGAAAACACGUGCCUUACACAUUUGAUGGAGUACAUUCUUGCCAUUGGUAACAUCAUGAAUAAUGAUCAUAAAAAUCAUGGAUUUCCACUAACGUCAAUAAGAAUGUUUAUGGACAUGCGAGGUAAAACAACAGACUUUACUUUUUCUCAUUUUCUUGUGGAACUCUUGGAUGAAAAAGAUUCCAAUGUCAAAAAAUGGACCGACACGAUGGAUAAUGUAACCAGGUGUAAAAAUAUCAACAUCAAGGCCCUUGUCACUGAAAUAGAAGUAUUAAAAAGCGACCUCACCAAACUGAAAAAGAAUCUGAAGACGUUGAAAUCAAAAAUAAAGAAACCAAAUGAAAUGGAGACAGAUUUUCUUCAUAAAGCACAGCUGAAACUUGUGGAUUUCGAAAGCAGUAUGAAUCUAUUGGAGAAAGAAAGUGCUCGUAUACAGACCACUUAUCGUCACCUUCUGGAGUAUUUUGGCGAAGUUACCAGUCUUCCAUCAAAUGAGCUCUUCUCUGCUCUAUCAGAUUUUGCACAGAAAUUUAAACAGGCCUCGGAGGAUAUCGAUAGGAAGAAGCGAUAUCAGGCUCUUCAUGGACACUAGAUGCUGUCAACGAAAAGAAUGAGGGGAAAAGAGCAUGAAUGUGAAAAAUCGGAAUGAAUUUUAUCAACUCUAGCGAUCGUCCUACGAAGUAUUCUUUUUUCUAUUCGGCCCAGCUAACGUAAAUCAUUGCUGAAUAGCGAAGAACAAUCCUGGAUACUACAGUAUUCAGGCAACGAUGACGAAGAGUGAACGUAAAUUCUUCACAAGAGGCGAACAUAGGAUAUAUUCCAGCUGGUCCUCUUGAUAAAAUAUCAGUAAAAAUGAACAUAUAUUCCGUGUCAAAAUAGAUUCAUUACUACAGUUAAGGUACAAAUUCCUUCCAUUUCAGUUGUUCAGCUAAAAUGUGUGUUAAAAAACAAACCCCACAGUGCAUGCAUUGUAGUGCAGAAUUGUGAAUAAAAAACAGUUAAUUCAGGAUCCAAUCGAUCACUUGAACAUACACGCAAGCACGCAUGGGGGUUAGGAUGUCUCAACACUCCAGGAAGUUUCUGUCAGAAAAUGAUAAUUUUUAUACCCCCAUAAUCGUAGAUUCGGGGGCAUAUAGUUUUGUCCUGUCCGUCUUUCCGUCUGUUUGUCCACAAAAACUUGAACCAUGGUCAUAACUUUUGAACGCCUAGUGCUAGGGAUUUCAUAUUUCACAAGUGUAUUCCUCGUGACAAGACCUUUCUUUUGGUACCGAAUUACUUUGCUACCGUACAGGGGCAUCAGUGUUUCACUAACACAUCUUGUGCAUUGCAAGUUUCUGAGAUUAAAGGUAUACAGUUAUUGCAUUGAUUCAAAGACAUUGUCGCAAUCGGUCGACUUUUGACGUGUGAAUGCAAGUCUCUUGCAUGAAGUACAUAAAGCCAUAGCUUGAUUUUUAAUGUUUCUUUAAAGUGCGUAUUGGAGUAGUAUAUGUAAGCAUCAAUUUGAAAUCCUCCUUUAGGUCAGAAUUCUAUUAGCCAAUCUGUAUAAUGAGAAAUACUUUAUUUCUCCAAAAUGUGGUAAAAGAUUCAGUCGAACAUUGACAAAGCAGUAUUCUGACGUGUUGCAUAUCGAUUGUUAAGCCGUUCUUGGCACACGAUUUUGACUACGAAUAACCCCGGUAGCCUGAUCAAGAUAAAUUUAAGGGCUCACGGCGGGUGUGACCGGUCGACAGGAGAUGCUUACUACUCCUAGGCACCUGAGUGGCCCUAUUCACAAAAUAUUUUACGACUAAGAUUAAAAUUUACGAAUACCGUAAUUUUCUUAUUUUUCAUUUCUUGUAGAUUUUCUUAAUUAAUAUGUAAAGUAUAUCCAUGGUUUAUAAAACUUGAAUACAUACUUGUGAUCGGUAUUUGAUUAUCAGAUAGAAUAUUUUUUCCCCAGCUAGUCGUAGGCAGCUGAUCCCACCUCAGGUAUAUCCAGGGGUCCGUGUUUACCCAACUCUCUAUUUUGUAUUGCUUAUAGGAGUUAUGAGAUUGAUCACUGUUUGCUAUCUUCACCUUUCAUUCAGAUCAUGUGAUAUCCUUGUCAAGUAUCUAGUCAAACAAUCAAAAUGAUGUUGUCUAUACCCAAUCUAAUUAAAAUCGGACUUCUUAUAUCCGUGCCGUAUACUAAGUACCCUGCGUAUCUUAGGAUCUGAUUUUAAUUAGGUUGGUCUAUACCCAAUCGCUUAUAUUUAGUUGUCCGAUCGCAGAUUUUGCAUUAUGCGAUCGAUUUGUAAGCAAUUUGUUGCAUCACCGAUCGCCUUUAAUUUGUCAAUUUUUCAUAUAAAAACCAUUUGAGGUGUGUUGAUUUAAUAAUCUCAGUUCUGUUAUAAUAUCCAGUGAAGGUAAUUUUUAUAAAGGGCUUAUUUGAGUUAUUUUGGAGUUUUUGGGAUAUAAAAGACAUUGUUGACAUGCUUUAGCGAGAUUUUCAACAACAAAAAUUAUAGUAAUUAAAUCAACUAAUGUAGGUUAUUCUUGGGAGAGAGAGAGAGAGAGAGAGAGAGAGAGAGAGAGAGAGAGAGUGUGUGUGUGUGUGUGUGUGUGUGUGUGUGUGUGUGUGUGUGUGUGUGUGUGUGUGUGUAUCCUGAACCCAAGCAUCUGCGUUGGAGAACUUUUGAAUUAACAACCACCAGAAUCUAAAUCUCUGAAUUUAUGUUAUGCUAUUGAAUAAACAAUGCUUAAUCUA